UGAACCAGGGAGAUUAAAGGGCACAGCCAUGUAGAGAGCAGGUACAGAGGCCUGGUGUCUGGGACAAAAGGGGAAAACUGAUGGUGUGAGGCUCUGGUGUCUGUGACAGAGGAGGAGGUGCAACGGGAAACCCUGCGCCGGGCGUCAUGGCAGCCAAGCCUAAGCUCUUGUACUUUCCUGGCCGGGGCAGGAUGGAGUCGAUCCGCUGGCUGCUGGCUGCAGCUGGCGUGGAGUUUGAAGAAGAAUUUCUUGAAACAAGAGAGCAAUAUGAGAAGUUGCAGAAGGAUGGGCGCCUGCUCUUUGGCCAAAUGCCUCUGGUUGAAAUUGAUGGGAUGAUGCUGACGCAGACCAGAGCCAUCCUCAGCUACCUGGCUGCCAAGUACAACUUGUAUGGAAAGGACCUGAAGGAGACAGUCAGGAUCAACAUGUAUGCCGAUGGCACUCUGGACCUCAUGGCGAUGAUCAUGAUGGCUCCGUUCAAACCCCCAGAGGAAAAAGAGGAGAACAUCGCUUUAAUUGUGACAAAAGCGAAAACCCGUUACUUCCCGGUCUUUGAAAAGAUUUUGAAAGACCAUGGAGAGGAUUUCCUUGUUGGCAACAAAUUCAGCUGGGCGGAUGUACAACUAUUAGAAGCUAUUUUAAUGGUGGAAGAACUCAAUGCUUCUGUUCUCUCGGACUUCCCUCUGCUAAAGGCAUUUAAAGCAAGAAUCAGCAACAUCCCUACAAUUAAGAAGUUCCUGCAGCCUGGGAGUCAGAGGAAGCCACCUGCGGAUAGCCGCUACGUUGACGUGGUCAGGCACGUUCUGCAGUUAUAAUGGCGGCAGGCCUCGCUAUGGUGCACGGCUGCCAUCAGCCACAGCCUCGCACGUGCCGGAGCUCACUGUAGAUUCUAGGUGUAAAAUGUCUGGAAAGAGCAAAGCAGUACUGCCAUCAACAGCAAAUGCCAAUUAAAUGAAACAUGAGACCAUUUGGUUAUGUGAGCAUUUUUAAA